CCUUCUUGCUCAUCUCGAGGUUUGAGGUGGUCCUCCCGAGAGAGCCCUCGCGCUCGAUCGAGCGAAUCUAGGUCAUUUAUCAAUUCCCAUUCGAAGCAAGUGUCACUCCUUGCGUCUCUCUGACGUCGUGCACCGGCACGUCCUUCUGUCUUUCGCGGCACUGGCCACGUCUUAGGAACAGUGGGCAUGCUGUAUGUACGAAGCAGGACCGAAUAUUUCAAUCUAAAUGGCCCAAAGGACCGCGAAUGGUGAAUGGUGAAUGGUGAAUGGAGCUUACUUCCUAUUGGAUUGGGCUGCUUUUAUCCCAAUACGAGGCAUCGGUGAUUACGGGGUCAAAUAAAAACUUGGCGAGUUAUGAAAAUUUUGAAGCGACCGGUAGACCCGCUUCCGAGGUAGGAGCAGCCACCGCUAUUCGAUGAUACGUUCGCCAGUUCGAGAGUAUAAAUGAAGGACAAUGACCUAAUUGCGAGCAGAACACUCACUGCUUCCUCGACGGACAAUCUCGGCAGACGACAGUAAAGCUAUUUCGACGGCUAUCGCACUCGGGGGACUCCACUUCCGGUUCAAGACUCCUUGGGAAAAGUGUCAAAACUUCCUGACGGCUGAACUUCCGAAGGUCACGGUCAAAACUACAGAUUGCAGCCAUGAAGAUGGCCAACUGGAUCAAAUGGGUCUUGGCCGCCUGCCUCUGCGUCUCCAUAUUCCCAGGCGGCAGUGCCAGGUACAAGAUGAGGAGGCCACCCCCGCCGCCGCAGGUCUACAAGAAGAACUGGCCAAUUGCUCAGAGAAUUUCCAUGGGUAACACUAUCCACAUUGGUGGUGGCUUUUCCCAGAAGAGACCUACCUACAAGCCUACCAACUACAGAAUUCGACGACCGCCAGUCUUCAACGUGUUGCCGACAGCAUGGAAAACCCAAGCCAUCCUCGGCCCGAUGAAUAAUCUAGCUGUUCUUCCGCUGCGGCCUCCAGUCAAAGAAUUUCACUCGAUGAAUAAAGUUCCCGAGUACAGUCCCGAGUAUAGUCCGGAGUACAGACCAGAAGCGGCCGUAAUGCCAGCCACCCACAGGACGCACGUGGACGAAGACAAAGGGCCCAUUCACACGAUUCCAGCACCAAACUUGGGUCCAGCGGACAAACCUUACAAUCUUGGAGCAAACUCACAGGAGAACAACCCCGUAGAAUCCAUACGCAACUACCCAGCUGAUCUUUCUUACAAUUCUAAUCCACAAGGCAAUCACGUAUCGAACUUCGCUUUCGGUACAAUUGGCACGAGCGCACCUUCUCCUCAAAGGACAGUCACCAGUCCAACGUCUACUCAACAUCAUUACGAAGUCACAGAAUCCAAUGAAGUCGGUUUCAAGGAUUAUCGGACAGUGCAGCCAACUUAUUUUACACCAGAGUUCGACGUGACCAGAUUGUCUACCGUGGUGUCUCCGGAUCUACAGACAAACGAAGUAUUCCUAAAUCAUCCUCCAGGAUCGAAUUCCGGCGUUAUAGGAACAAAUCUUCAAUUCGACCAUGGCCAAUUAGGCAACCCCAUGCAAACAAAUCUUCAUAGCUCUCUUCACGUCGGAUUCCCGGGAACCGCUUCUCAAGCCCCUUCUGCCGUGGGUCAUCAAAUUCCUGAUCUUCAUGUCGGACAUCCGGCACCGGCCGGACCGCCGCUCUCAGCCACCCAACUCUAUGAUCUCCUUAAUAGUUUUCCUCAACAACUCACAGAACAAUAUACUACUGGUCAGCAACCUCAACUGCAGCAACAUCUUCUUCAGCAACAACUCGGCCAACUUUUCCAACCUACCGGUGUAACCAGUUUUUCUCAGCCUCAGAUGCAUUCUUUUAACUACGAUGAGCAGGCGAAUAAGCAGCAACAGCAGCAGCAGCAGCAACAACAACAAAUUCUUGUAGGGCAAGACUACGCAUCUGGAAGAGUCACUGCGGAUUACAAUUUGGAACCUCAGACUAAUGAGAAUCUUCGUUCGAGCAACAUUCUGCCGCUGCACGAGGAAGUCUCGUAUCCAGCAGAUGCUGCUGAUCAAUCGGAGAAUAAUAUUGAGUACGAAGAAAGCUCAAACCAACAGGGUCAAUCGACGUAUUUCACUAAAGUCGGAAAGGACGGAAGUAUCGCAACGCAAUUCUACACGACACUUCCGAGUCGUGAAGCCGCUGAAAAAUUGGCAGCCCUUGCCGCAGCUGGAAACGUCAACAGCCACCUGAUAGGACAGCUUCGCAAACACCAGGAAUCGCAACAGAACGAGGGACCAAUGCCACCAAAUCACAAGGACGAGGAGUACAGAGUAAUCGAGACAUCGGAUCAGGAUCCUGCACAAUAUAAUCAGCAACAAGAAGAAUACGUUGAUCGGCAGAACUACCACAGGCAGCAACUUCAGCAGCAGCAACAGGAAAUGAAUGAUCGUUACCAGCAGCAACAGAGACAAGAGCAGCGGCAACAGGAUGAACAGAAGAAUCCUCUGAGAAUUAUGGUGCCCGAGCUGGAGGAAUAUUCCGAGGACCUGGAACAACAACCUUCUGGAGGAAACACUAAUGCAGCUGAAGAAUACGAGUAUGAGGAAGAAAGUGCUGAAACGACGGAAGUAAGCCCCACGUCAGCAUCCGGUGCAAAAUCUACCUACAAACAAAAGUCGAUCACUGAAUACGGAACGCGACUGAGUUCGAAGACUGGGAAAUGAGAGUGCCGAAUGAAAUUUGUAAAUAUGAUGCGCGACAUAUGCUUUUCGUGCUGCCCAAAAUCGAACGAGUCUCAUUGAAUUUUUAAAAUCUUGACAACUCAAAUUAUGAGCCUCGAUUUGAAACCACAAUGAAGACUGGACACAGGAGGAAUGGUUGUGACUCUCAACACGUUAAAAGUCCAGAAGCUGCAGAAAGUUGCAGUUGCUGGACGAUAAUCGACCCAACUUUACCAAUCCCUCCAAUUGUUAUAUUUAUUUGACUUUAUUCUUAGAAAAUUUGUUACUGUAUUUAUUCGUUGAUGUAAAAUAAUAAUCGGCUGGACGACGUCCGGUAAUUUACAAAUU